UGAACGUACAAAUCAACCGCACAUUAAAUAAUGUUUUACCAAAACAUACUUAUGUUUAAUAAACAUUACACCCGAUAACACGUUUCAAUGCCAUCAAUUGAUUAUAUGGUACCUCUAGUCCACACCACUACCACUAACAUCACCAUUGGAUCAAUACAUCGACCACUCAAUGGCGUACAGACGGACCACUAAAGACACGUAUGAAUGGAUACCCGUUAAUCGCCUCAUCGAUGAUGUCAAAUACGCAGUCCUUUUGCUCAAUCACUCGUUGGAUCACUUGAAUGGUCACAAGAGUCUAACGUUUGACAAUAUAUGGCGCAAAGCCGAGCGUCGGGUGGCUGUGGACGGGGGCUCAAAGUACUUACAACCUGAUCACACGCUUCCGGACAUUCUUUGCGGUGACUUUGAUUCGGUGACAACGGAUCGGCUCAACCACUUUCGACAA